GGUCCAAUAGUCUCUUUAGAUAUUUCAACAUUAAUUUGGUCAACUCCUACGAUUUCAAAUAAUGAUCUUUUGCCGGGAUUGUUUUGGCAUACUUCUACAUUAUUUGAUAAAUAUAUUUUGGUUGCAUUUG